AUGUGCAAGGCCAUGAGCAAAGCAGCGAGCUGGGAGAUGGACGGACUGCGCGGCGACAGCAGCGGCGGCGGCGGCGGCGGCAGCGGCGGCGGCGGAGCCCCCGGGCAGUGCCGUAAUUUUCUCUCCUCGCCCGUUUUCGGGGCGGCGCACACGGGCCGAGCGGCCGCCGCCGCCGCCGCCGCCGCCGCCGCCUCGGGUUUUGCCUACGCCGGCGGAGGGGAGCGCCCGGGGGCGGCGGCGAGGCCCGAGCCCCCGACCAAGGACUGCCCGGGCUCCACCACGCCGGCCGCCGCCCCCGCGCUGGGCUAUGGGUAUCACUUUGGCAAUGGAUACUAUAGCUGCAGGAUGUCCCACGGGGUUGGGAUACAGCAAAACGCCCUGAAGUCUCCCCCCCACGCCUCCAUUGGCGGCUUUCCCGUGGAAAAGUACAUGGACGUCUCCAGCUUGACCAGCUCCAGUGUCCCCGCCAAUGAAGUCUCCUCCAGGGCGAAGGAAGUGUCCUUCUACCAGGGCUAUACAACCCCCUACCAGCACGUUCCUGGGUACAUAGACAUGGUCUCAACGUUUGGCUCUGGGGAACCGAGACACGAAACAUACAUAUCAAUGGAGGGCUAUCAGUCUUGGACUCUGGCUAAUGGCUGGAAUAGUCAGGUUUACUGUGCCAAAGAUCAGACACAGAGCUCACACUUCUGGAAAUCGUCCUUUCCAGGGGACGUUGCACUAAACCAGCCCGAUAUGUGUGUCUACCGGCGCGGGAGGAAGAAGCGAGUGCCGUACACAAAACUGCAGCUUAAAGAACUCGAGAAUGAAUAUGCCAUUAACAAGUUCAUUAACAAGGACAAGAGGCGAAGGAUAUCCGCAGCCACAAACCUGUCUGAGAGACAAGUUACCAUUUGGUUUCAGAACAGGAGGGUGAAGGAUAAGAAAAUAGUCUCCAAACUGAAAGACAACGUGUCCUGAUACAUUAAUUGCGGACAGUGAUGAAAAUAUAAAUUCAAUUUACCACCAGCUAAAGACUUUCGAAAAGACUUGAAAAUAUAUUUAAUUUUUUUUUGUUUGUCCUUCCAGCGGUGGCGAAAUUUCGGGAAUUGUUUUCCGUGAAAGUCAGCGUUUUUCUCUCAGUGUAAGGGAGUGUUGACAAGUCUUGAAUUGAAUUAUAGUUCCUUCUUUUUGAAAAUAAUAAUAAUAUUAAUAUUAAUUAUAUUUUCUGUUCUUCCCUCUAGGCCAGUAUAAACGAAUUUAAAUAUGUUGAACGGUAAAAGUUAUGAUUUUUUUUUUAAUGCUUAAGUCUU